AUGAUUACUAUCCGAGGAAGGGGCACGAUCAGGCGGGCAGAGGAGAAGCAGUACCCGGGGACAGACCGCUUCCAUCCGGCGGGAAUAAGAGGUUCUUCAACAGGCAGUGGCAGUUCCUAUGGUUCAGGCAGUAUUGGAUCUGCUGUCAGUAAAAAGUCUGUGAGCAGCUUGAAAUACAAGAAGAAACAGUUCAGUCAUGCCAAGGGAAAAAACAUGGUUUGGGUUGUGGAUGGUGAAGACGUGACUCCUCGCCCGCUCACUCACUCAGAUCCUGGCGCCCCAAAACGAAGCCUGUUUCUUAUUGACGAAGGCAGCGACUCAGACUCAGACUUGGGCCACACAGAAACCAUCACUGUUUACUCCAAUGCGACCACUCUCCCUGCAGACACCACAAGCCACUGCACCAAGAGCUUUCUGAGUGUAGAUCAAGAGGAAAAUCUCUCUGUUUUUGAACUGCAAAGGCCUCUGAGAUUUCAACAUGAGGAAGCAGAUAGCAUGAAAGAGGUGAUGGAGGAUAUUUUGGAGACGUUGGUGAACAUUUGUUUGAGUGAGACAGACACUAUUCCCUUGUUGGACAUCCCCAGUUCUGUGCUGCCUGAGGAUGCGGAGGAGGCCGAAGAGCAGAAACAGAGUAAUCGUCGAUACAUUGAGUUAUGCAAGACUAAACUUGGAAAUGAUACAUUCAAGGAGCGAGGGAUGCAGACUUUCGACAAUGCACGUAAAACUAUAAGCAUCCAGACGGAUGCAGUGGUCACAGCUGAAACAGGUUUGCUGGUGACAAACUGGGAUAUCUACGACUGUGUGAACGAACUGAGUAAAUCCACUGCUGCAUUGAACAAUGAGAAGUCAGAACUCACAGAGAGUUUGGGCAGGACCAUGUCUCAGGGAGGCAAAGAGAGACCGAACAAAAGCAGCAGCACAGACACAGACAGCUUGGUCAGCUCUCUGCCCGACAUGGACUAUAACAUGGACGGGUCUCAGAGCGAACCUCAGCCUCAGACUGUAAUGAACUCUAAGGACUUUCUGCACUCGCUCCUGGUCAUGGAGAGAAACGUCGUGGCAAACAUCUUCCAACCAAAACUGGCCUUGUACAGAAAGCUUGCUCCUCUACCAGACCCAUACCGAGCAGAGGCUGGUCUCCUUGAGGUAGAGGGACAUAAAAAGCAAGAGGAGGAAGAGAAGGAUGAAGAGGAAGUGACCACUGCUGUCUCUGGGGACCAUCCUUCAGCUACAACUAUGAGCCUGCUUUGGUCCUUCAGCUGUGAGCUCACUAGAGGCUGUGUGGUCACCAGUUUGUCCAGGCACAAGGAGAGAGCAGACAUCUUGGCGGUGGGCUACGACAGUUCUGCCAAUAACAAGAACACCCCCGGACUCAUCUGUGUCUGGUCUCUCAAAAAUCUCAUGUGGCCGGAGCGUGUCAUUUACAGCCACAGUGCAGUGACCACUCUAGAUUUCUCUCCAAUUGUCUCCGCUCAUCUGGGAGUGGGAAUGAUGGACGGCACAGUGGCUAUCUAUAAUGUGGCUAGCAGACGUUGCAAAGCUAGUAGUUCCUCUAAGAAGCACUUGCAGCAGGUAUGUCUGGUGAGUUGGACCAAACAGCUUUUAGUUUCUGUGUCGCUGGAUGGACUCAUCAAAACCUGGCUCCUGGGCUCCGAAGGCCUAAAGUGCACAGAUUUAUUGCAGCUAAAAAAUGUGAAAAAUAGUAAAAAGGAAACAUUGACAACCAAGAAGAAGUCUCAAAGUAUCAUGGGACGGAGCGAGGCUCCAGGGCUCUGCUUCCACUUCCAUCCAGUGGAUUCAGACAUUUAUUUGGCUGGGACCAGAGAUGGCUUCAUCCACUUGUGCUCCGUUUUUAGGCCGUAUUUUCUGGAGACUUAUGAAAAGCACUUUCUUCCAGUUAACAGUAUCGAGUGGUCCCCCUUCUCUCCUGACCUGUUCCUGAGCUGCUCCUCUGACUGGACAGUGCAGCUGUGGAGGCGCGACAAUCCCAAACCGAUCCUGGGGUUCAGUUCCUCUCAGACUGCGGUCUAUGGGGUCCGCUGGUCCCCAAAAUGGCCGACUGUGUUUGCAGCUCUAAAGGCAGAACAACUGGAGAUAUGGGAUCUAAAAAUCAGCAUUCUGGACCCCGCCUUGGUGCUCAAAGCUGGGGCUGUGGAGUUCACCUCGGUGCAGUUCUGUUCAGAGGCAGACACUGUUGUCGUGGGAGACACACAUGGAGAGGUCAAAGUUCACCAGCUCCACAACCUCGGGGUCGGCAGCGACGGGCAGGUCGUAAAAUUGGAGGACGUUAUCUCAUCUGGAUUUUAAUUUGAAUGUACAACAUGAGACAAAUG